AUGGAUCGCAUCAAGGAGCGCAUGAACCAACUUCGUCUGGAAGCCGACGAGUCCGCCGCCAAAGUCGAAGAGCUCCAGACCAAGAUCAAGAGCCUCGAGCAAGAGAACCUCGCCAAGGAGCAGGAGAUCACUUCCCUCACACACAAGAACGGUCUCCUCGAAGCUGAGAACGAAAAGUUGGACACUUCGGUUAAGGAUCUAAAGAAGUCGGCCGACGAGAGCCAGCAACAUGGUACGCACAAUGAGACCCUACAACGAAGACUUCAGCUGCUCGAGGAAGAGGCCGAGCAGGCUGACAAGACCCUUCGUGAAACAAAUGAGAAGCUCCGCCAAACUGACGUAAAAGCCGGUCACUUUGAACGCAAGGUACAAGCCCUCGAGAACGAGCGAGACCAGUGGGAGCAGAAGUACGAGGAGAUGCACAAGAAGCACACAACCCUCCAGAAGGAGUUGGAGGAGCUUCAGGUAGAGAUCGGCAACAUCUAA